AUGAGCACCGCACCAUGGGAUAUCUACGCGGAACAACUCACCCAUCUUGGGUAUGGGUAUCCUCUUUGGAUCCCUGAUCCUGCUCCCGGCUCGACUGCAGUGGAAAUCGGCGACGUGGGAUGGAUCAAUGAGGGCGAGUUUCUCCCUCUGUUCAAUGCGUUUAGAGGAGAGCACGAGGCCCAACCUCGGGGUGCGGUACCCAUUGACUAUGUGCCCCUCGACAUCCGCGAGUGCACUGUGGUGGGACCGAGGGAUAGAAUAUCGCAGUCGGUCCUGUGCAGUCGGAGUAUACGCAGGGUGGAUGUAUCCGGGGAGAUUUCGACGACUGUCGUCAACUUCAACUUCGAGUGCACGGACGAAGCAGGCGCGCUCCUCGUCCUCGGGCCGUCCGGACGCACCCAGGACGUCCUAUCAAGGCAGCGCAUCAUCAACUACAUGGAGGCCCACUUCGACCGCUGGCUCGAGUUCGCGAACGCCCGCCUCGGCCUCGGGCUCAAGGAGGACCAGAUCAUGUUCGUCUCCGGCACGACGAAGACCAGCCGGUGGGGCGUCGCCGCGUUCAGAGGCGCGACUCGCGAGAAGCGCGGGACCGUCGUCGGCAACCUCGGUCCGCUCGCCGCGGUCGACUUCUCCUUCUCGCUCUCGGACGCGCAGCUCUCGUCUACCCACUACAGGGCGGGGCCGACGGAGCGGCCUCCGUGUUGCGCGUCUACGUGUGGGGCCGGUCAUCAGCAGGAAGAGUACGAUCAGUGCGUUUUCAUACACUACUAUAAACGGAAGCGUAGGAAAUGGCCUCUCCCCUCCGUCAUCAAAGCCGCUGCGGACCCUGGAGAUCUACCUGGAGACCCAGAUGCUGAUUCGAGCGAUGAAAGCUAUAUGGACGUCGAUCACCGGGAAGUGUCUUCUAUGGACUGUGACUUGGAUGGCUCGGGCGAGGGGUUCCAGCGUUUCCCGCUCCAGGAACAGAGGGUGAGUGUCCCGCACGCAUCGAAUAAAAUCAAUCUUCUUGACGCAGGACUACAGAGUAAAGAUCCUGCGGAUUAUGUCCUCGACUACAUACUUGAGGUCGGGUUCCCUUCGCAUUCAUGCUGCGUCAGGCGUUCUCUAAGUGGUCAAUGA